CUCGCGCAGGAGGCUGGAUGGUGGACCCAUUCCGGCUCUCGGAGCCAGUUCUUGUAGGGUUUUCAGUGACGCGCGGACACGCGUGUGUGCUUCACAUCAAGAGAGUGAGUGCUUCCCCAGUCGGGGAAGAGGUCGCGAUGACCGGCCGCGUUGGGUUCGUGGUCACGGUGCUCGGAGUGUGGACGUGCGUCAGUGGGCAAUUUCUCAGCAACGGUGCUCAACAAAACAGGACGGGAGUGUACGGAAGGACUUAUCCUUUUUACGAAAAUAGGGCUUAUCCCACGGGAGGAACGUACCGUCAAGGGGGGCAAUAUGGAGGGUCGUCUGCCGAGGUUGACAGCACUGGGAGUCCUUCCUAUCGUUAUGACGAUACAAGGCAGAGAACUCCCAACAGAAGCUACGAAGUAAGGGGGAGUUAUCAGAGGGGGGGUGUGGGGUCUUAUAGCCAAACAGAGGCUCCCACCGGUGGUCAAGACUAUUAUGGCCAGUCACAAUCGGGCCAGAGACAAAGCCAAUAUGACCAGUAUGGCCGAUACAAACCAAGCCCCUCGAGUCCAUAUCAAAGCAGGCGGCCAUACGCCAGCAGCUAUGACAUUUUCGACGCGCCGGGAAGCGCGUAUGGACCUAAAAACGGAAGUGAACGCUGCAUUCCGAAGUGUUUUGCCGAAAAAGGAAACCGAGGUAUCCCGGGAGUUCCUGGAAUUUCCGGAGAAAAGGGCCAGCGUGGUUUCCCGGGCGAGGAAGGAAUAAUGGGUCCAAAGGGGGACAAAGGCGAGCCAGGUCCCAUCGGUCCGAGAGGACCUAAAGGCGAACGUGGCAAAAUGGGUGUUCCAGGAUUUCCCGGAAUUAACGGAGUUCCAGGCUUGCAAGGCCCACCCGGCCAUCCUGGACUUCCCGGACUUGAUGGUUGUAACGGAACCGAUGGACUUCCUGGACUUGAUGGUUUGCCUGGAGAACAAGGACCUAGAGGUUUUCCCGGAACGCCCGGUAUUAAAGGCGACAAAGGUGAAGCCGCCCAUUGCGAAAUUAAUCUGAAGGGACAAAAGGGUGAACCAGGAAGAGAUGGUGUGACUGGCCCUUCUGGAAAUCCAGGACCGCCUGGACCUCAAGGUUUGCCAGGACCACGUGGUGAAACUGGACUUCCGGGUCCUAGGGGACCUCCAGGUCUUAAGGGUUCAAAAGGUAACAUGGGAAUUGGGUUUGAAGGUGCUAAAGGUGAUAAGGGUAGUAAGGGAGAACGUGGAAAAAAAGGAAGUUGCAACAGUUAUCAGACUGGAAACCAAACUGCUACCAUUGGCCCUCAAGGUGAAAAGGGCGAAAAGGGAGAUGCCGGUUUUCCAGGAUUACAUGGUGACAAAGGCAACAUAGGCCCUACAGGCGAAAUGGGACCUCAGGGAAUGGUUGGAAUGAAAGGGGAAAAAGGCUUGCCUGGCGCACCCGGACCAAGAGGAAGAGAUGGUUUUGCCGGUCCUCCAGGUCCCCCUGGCCAAAAGGGAGAUCGAGGAGUUGAAGGAUUACCUGGAUUACCAGGACGACCAGGCCUUAAAGGAGAGCCUGGAAAAGACGGUCCACCUGGUUUCCCUGGCUUGACUGGACCUCCAGGACCACCGGGUGGUGGUAAAGGCCGCCCAGGGCCUCCCGGACCUCAAGGACCUAGGGGUUACCCCGGACCAAUGGGACCUAAAGGAAUGGAUGGUUUUCCGGGAGAUCCAGGACCGAGGGGGCCAAUUGGACCGCCCGGAGGUCCAGGACUCAAUGGCAGACCGGGUCCUGAAGGAGCACCUGGGGAGAAAGGUGAAAAGGGUGAAGCUGGGUCUAUUGGAUUUCCGGGUGCAGAUGGACCCAGAGGAUAUCCUGGGCCAAUAGGUCCCCAAGGACCCCGGGGGUUCCCAGGAGAAAAAGGACUAUCAAUCAUGGGACCAAAAGGUGAUAAUGGGGAACCUGGAUUAGAUGGUGAGCCAGGUCAAAAGGGUGAGAAAGGUUUUCCUGGACCACGUGGUGCACCUGGAGAUACUCUGAAUGGUGUUCCCGGUCCACCAGGUCCUAUGGGCCCCCCUGGUGAGAAAGGAAAUCCUGGCAGACCGGGAUUGCACGGUAAUCCGGGAAUACCGGGAGAAAAGGGAGACAGGGGAGGAAGAUGUAUUGACUGUUUGCCGGGAGUUAAAGGGGAAAAAGGAGAAGCAGGAAUUAAUGGACGAGAUGGAGAUGUUGGGCCCCGUGGUCCUCCGGGAGCUAUGGGUUUUCCUGGAUUGCCUGGACUCGAUGGAUUACCGGGACGACAAGGACCUCCGGGACCCCCAGGGAAAGAUGGUGUUCCGGGUAUUCAAGGAAAUCCGGGAGUUCCAGGAGAACCGGCGUUUGUUCCAAUUAAUUUAGUAAAGGGAGAAAGAGGACCAAAGGGUGAUAGAGGUCUACCAGGACCGGAGGGCCCUAGAGGCUUACCUGGCUCAAUUGGACCGAAAGGGGAGCCUGGUUUGCCUGGAUUUCCGGGUAUAAAAGGAGACCGUGGAUUUGACGGUUAUCGCGGCAGUGAUGGUAGACCUGGAGAACCUGGUAUUCCUGGUGUUAAAGGAGAAAAAGGCACAAGUGUGAAAGGUGAACCUGGAUUUCCUGGUCAGCCUGGACGUCCUGGACAAAAAGGAGACGAGGGAACACCUGGAGAAAAAGGACUACCUGGACGAUGUCCAGAAACUUGGAAGCUAUUAACAAAAGGUGAUCGCGGACCUCCUGGUCCAAGAGGCCCUCCAGGACCACAAGGCCCUGCAGGAAUAGAUGGCCAACCGGGAGUUCAAGGACCGACAGGUCCUAGAGGUCUUCCAGGUCAGCCGGGUAAUCCUGGAGCCAGUGGGCCAAGAGGAUUACCUGGUCCCAGAGGAGAAAAAGGUGACAGAGGCCCAAUGGGAUUUGUUGGAGAGAAGGGCAGAGAUGGGGCUCCGGGAAUUCCCGGUUUGGCAGGCACUAGAGGCCAGAAAGGUGAGCCCGGCAUUCCAGCAAUUGGACCACCAGGUCCCCCAGGACCCUUUGGAUUUAAAGGGGAAAAAGGUUUACCUGGCUUGCCAGGCAAAACCGGUGUUCCGGGUCAACCUGGAUUACCCGGUCUUAUGGGAGAAAAAGGAGAUGUUGGAGUUCCCGGAUUAAAUGGGUUGACCGGACCUCCUGGACAAAAAGGAGAACCUGGUCCGUUUGGACCGCCCGGAAUACCUGGUACAGCAGGUAUUCCAGGUCCUGAAGGACAAAAAGGAGAACUUGGACUUAAAGGAGAAAUGGGAGCUAAUGGUUUGCCUGGAUUCCCAGGAAGAAAAGGAGAACCCGGAAUACCAGGAUUAGAAGGACCAAAAGGUUUUCAAGGUCCUGCUGGACGUCCGGGGCCUCCAGGACAACCAGGAAUGGACGGACUGCCAGGGCCUCAGGGAGAAAAAGGAGAUAGAGGGUUUCCAGGGCCGCCAGGACCUCAAGGAUUAGUUGGAAUGCCAGGAUUAGUGGGAUACUCCGGUGAAAAGGGCGAUACUGGUCCCGCAGGAUUUCCCGGACUUCCAGGACCAUCCGGAAUGCCCGGUUUUAAGGGAGAACCAGGUUUGCCAGGUUUACCUGGAGAAAAAGGCGAUCAAGGGGAUGUUUCUGAAAAAGGACAAAAAGGGGAACCCGGGAUUCCAGGAUUAAGAGGCCCCCCAGGCUUAUCAGGCAGACAAGGUUUCCCAGGACCUAAAGGAGAUAAGGGCACCAUAGGACAAAGCAUUCCAGGAUUGAAGGGAGAACCGGGUGUUCCCGGGAAUCCCGGAAUUGAUGGCAGACCCGGAAUUCCUGGACUUAAAGGUGAACCAGGAUUCCCGGGAUUACCAGGAAUGAAAGGCGACAGGGGAUUUCCUGGGGAAAGAGGUGCUCCUGGUAUUGAUGGAAUCUCUGGAGAAAAAGGAGACAAAGGUGAUAUCGGUUUUCCGGGACCACCUGGAUUCCCGGGGGCAAAGGGUAAUAUUGGUUCACCUGGCCGUGAUGGUCUUGAUGGCAUCAAAGGAGAAAGAGGACCCCCAGGACCUAUAGGUCCCGUCGGUUUUCCUGGUCCUAAAGGAGAAUUUGGAGAACGCGGCCCUCCGGGACCUUUAGUAACGGUCAAGGGUGACAAAGGAGAACCGGGACCUCCUGGAUUGCGUGGAUUAGAGGGCGAGAAAGGAGAUCGGGGAUACCCUGGUCAACCCGGAUUAUCAGGAGAGAAAGGAAAUUCUGGAUUUCCGGGACUUAAAGGUGAACCUGGAUUUAUAGGCGCCCCGGGUGAAAAAGGUGACAAAGGUUUUCCCGGAAUUGCCGGACUUCCGGGUGCUACUGUAAAAGGCGAAAAAGGCCUUCCCGGUAUGCCCGGCAAGCAAGGCCGCGAGGGUCUGCACGGAAUCCCUGGAGAAAAAGGAGAUCGAGGUCUUCCGGGUCUUCCAGGCCGUUCCGGAACGCCUGGACUUCCCGGACCCCCAGGUUCUAAAGGAGAUAAAGGCGAUCGAGGUUUUCCAGGUCCUGUCGGGCCUCCAGGAAAUAUGGGUCCACCCGGACGUGACGGCUACGCGGGAGCUCCUGGUCUUCAAGGAGAAAAAGGUGACAGAGGACCACCCGGCCUUAUUGGAGCACCUGGUGAAAAAGGCGAUCGAGGAAUAACUGGACUUCAAGGACCCCCUGGGUAUCCAGGCGAAAAGGGUGACCGUGGAUAUCCCGGAAUUUCUGGACCCCCGGGACCUGUUGGACCAACUGGAGAAAAAGGUUCACCUGGCGCUCCUGGCGCCCUUGGAAUUCCAGGAUUCCAUGGACCUAAAGGCGAUAAGGGAGAACCAGCGCCGCCCGGUUUCCCCGGACCUAAGGGAGAUAAAGGAGUACCAGGACAGCCAGGAUUACCUGGAGAAAGGGGAUUGCCGGGUCCGGUGGGACCCCCUGGUCGAGAUGGGUUCCCCGGUGAAAAGGGAGACAGAGGAGUUGAUGGAUUACCGGGAUCCCCGGGUCCACCGGGUCCUAAAGGGGACAGAGGAUUCGAUGGUGCGAUUGGUAUUGCUGGCCCUGUGGGUGAACCAGGUCCCAAAGGAGAACCGGGGGCUCCAUGUGAACAAGUCGGAGAUUACCUCACGGGGAAUCUUCUAGUAAGACACAGCCAAAGUAUCGAGAUUCCGCAGUGCGAAAGCGGCCACGUGAAACUAUGGGAAGGCUAUUCUCUACUCUAUGUUCAAGGAAACGAAAAAGCCCAUUCACAAGACUUAGGCUUUGCCGGCUCUUGUGUGAGAAAAUUCAACACUAUGCCUUUUGUUUUCUGCGACUUCAACAAUGUUUGUAAUUACGCCAGCAGAAAUGAUAAGUCUUAUUGGUUGUCAACAAGCGCCCCGAUUCCAAUGAUGCCGGUCGAAGAGUCAGCUAUAAGACAAUACAUUUCCAGGUGUGUUGUCUGUGAAGCGCCAUCUAAUGUCAUCGCGGUGCACAGCCAAUCACUAUCCUUGCCUGACUGUCCGCACGGCUGGAGCUCUCUCUGGAUUGGCUACAGUUUUAUUAUGCACACGUCAGAUGGCGCUGAAGGCGGUGGUCAGUCCCUGGUGAGUCCGGGUUCUUGCCUUGAAGAUUUCCGGGCUUCGCCGUUCAUCGAAUGCAACGGUGCCCAAGGCACGUGCCACUACUUCGCCAAUACUCUUAGCUUCUGGCUGGCGACCAUCGAGCCCUACCAGGAGUUCCAGAAGCCGCAGAAGCAGACGCUGAAAGCCGGCAACGUCCGCGACCGGAUAAGUCGAUGCCAAGUGUGCAUCAAGAACACGUAAUAUCGCCGGUAAACCUUAGGCUUAUUUUCGACGAGUCGAUGGGUCAGUCGCAUCGCGGUGCGAAUGACCCAUCCGAUCAUGUGUUCAACCUCUAGUGUUCCUCGAAUCUCGAGUUCUUGUACAUCGGGCGUACGGAUGAUGGACGAGAACUCGCAUUUUUGUAUCAUAAGCUUUGUAACGUUUUAAUACUGCCGUGCCAUGUUUGUGUAACAAAAAAGCAUGUAAAGAGUUUUGUAUAGUACUUAGUUUAAGUUGUAUGUAUGUAAUAAUACCACAAGGCUACAUGAAAUGGUAUUUGCGAAAAAUUCAUUAAUUAGGGCGGUCACAGUUCUUAGAAAUUUCGCUGUGAUUUUUACUAGCAUUUUUUAAGCAGAAUGGUUAUCUUUUAAAGAGAAUAUUUUUGUAAUUAAUAAUUUUAAUGGUGCUAUGUAUCCCUGUAAUAAUUUAUGUGUUCGCUUCAAGUCCGCAGUGAUCUUGUUCUACCAUUUAUACCCAACACACACUUUUACACUUUUUAAUCUCAUCAUUAACAUUCCUUUUUGUUCUUCGUUCUAAACUUCUAGUCAACAACGUGGCUACAAAACUUCAAAUUCGUCAGAUAUCACUGCAUGUUUGUAAUCUUUCCAGCUCUUUAAACUUUUUUUUAUUAAAACACUGCCAUUGUAAAAUAAAUAUUACUUAAACAAC